AUGGAAGAACUCACAUCUUGUGCUUCCUCCUCCUCAGUUGUCCCUCUUCAUCAUGAAACCUCACCCCCUCUCCAGCAGCUCGUCCACUUGAUCCUCCAAGCCCGACCUGAGGACUGGGUUUACUCCAUCUUUUGGCAGCCCUCAAGAGACGACCACGGCCGUCUUGUCCUCACUUGGGGCUAUGGCCAUUUCCGAGGAACUACAAGGGAACCAUUUGCAUCCAAGCCCACCACAAAUAGGGUACUCAAAGAAGCCCAGUGUCCGGAUGGUCAGUUCGCUCACAGCAGCGACAUCAGCGACCCUGAGUGGUACUAUAUCUUCUCCGUCAUGAGGUCAUAUUCCUCGGAAGACGGCAUUCUAGGAAGAGCAUUUCGCUCAGGUGGUCACAUCUGGUUGAGUGGUGAAAACCACCAUGAGCUGGAGAUGUGUGAGUGUGAUGAGAGGGUCAAAGAAGCAAGAAUGCACGGAAUCCAAAGCAUAGUGUGCAUAUCAAUUGCUGAUGGUUCUGGGGUUCUUGAAUUGGGCUCCUCAGAGAUCAUCCAAGAAGAUUGGAGCUUAGUCCUUUUAGCCAAGACCCUCUUCCCGGCUCAUUUCUCGAGCCCUCUAAUCAAUUCUCGUGUGGAGAACCCAUCCGACGAUGCCAAAGAAGAACCGGCACUUGUCGGUGCCAGCAAGGGCCCAUAUGCUAAACCUGUCCAACGCCAUAACAUAUCUGAGAAGAGCGGUAGGAAGAAAACAGUGGACGAAGACGAUAAAGAAUCAUCAUCAUCCCUACGGCUGUCUGGUCCGAGGAGAAACGUGGAGGCAGAGCGGCAGCGGAGGAACAAGAUGAACCAGCAGUUCUAUGCACUCCGCUCCGUUGUCCCCAAUAUAUCAAGAAUGGACAAGGCGUCCCUCCUCGCCGAUGCCGUGGACUACAUCAAGGAACUCCAGUCCCGUUUUGCCACAUUGGAGUCCAAGCUUGUUAAGUCCGAGCCGUCAUCUCCGAAGCGCCUCAAAAGUAAUAAGACUGUUUCCUACUUCAAUGACAUGAGUAAGAUAACAUCGCUUUCAAGCAAGAAUAGCUCGACGGCUUUGGCUGUCCCGGGCCGGAGAGAGAUGGCGGUGGACGUGAAGAUGGUGAAUCAGGAGGCGGUGAUCCGGGUGUGGAGCCCGAAUCUGGACCACCCCUGCGCGAGGUUGAUGGACAUGCUCAAGGAAUUGGAGUUUAAGGUCCAGGACGCGAACAUGUCUUGCAUGAAGGGGAUGAUGCUUCAGGAAGUGGUGAUUAGGACUCCGGUCGACCGCUGGGUCAGCGACAAGUCCAUCAGAGAUGCCAUUCGGAGUAAGCUAGGCAAGGAGUGA